AUGAGCAGCGAAAAAAGUUGGAACAGACCGUGGACAACUGAAGAGAUUAUUGAUAACUCCGAAAAUUGGUCAUUAGCAGGAGAUGUAGCUUUACUAAAUACUCUGAAACAUUUCGCAAAUAACCUACUCACAAAAACUGAUGAUUUGAAUGACAACAUAAAUAAUUUACUAAAUGAUCUAGAUGAAGUAGGCCUAAAGUUAGACAUAUCCCAAAAUGAAUUUCAAAGCUUAAAAAAUACUCAAUUUAUAGAAAGUAGAGUUUAUGAUGAUGAUGAAGCAUUAGACAGUAAAAGAAAUGAAGAUAAGUUAUCAAUUAGUAGUUCUCAAAAAGAAGAAGAAAAACCCCUUGAUGUUAGCCUAACAGCUGAGCUGGAGCUGCUAGAUAAAUACUAUGAAACUGUGGAAAUCGACAUAAGUGAUAGUGAAGAUGAAUCAGAAAAAAGCUUUAUUUUAAAACCAAAAGAUGUAUAUGAACAUAGACCUCUACCUCCUCUCAUUGGUUCUGAGGAGUGGUACAAAAAUUGGUAUUUAGAGGAGGAUGAUAGUGAUGUUGAUUCUCAAAAAUCCGAAGAAAUUUACAGUGAAUCUGAUAGUGAUGAUAACCUACCUAAAGAUUUGAUAAUGUCUGAAACUAGUUCGGAACUAGAUUUUUCACCUCAAAAUAAUGAGCAUAUACCAGUAGCUAAUUCUUCCAUGAAGGAUACGAAAAAGAAACCAGAGUCUAUUAGUUCUAGUGAUGGAAGUGAAGGUCAAUUGUACUCUGAACCAUCUAAAGUUCCUCAAUCGAAUAAAGCUUUUGCUGAACAACUGGCUGCUAAGUUGGACAAUGUGAUCAGUAGGGAAGAAAAUAUUCCAGAAAAUAUCAACUCCAAGCUAAUACAGCCUAGUAAAACUAAUACUUUCUCAGCUGGUCUGUUUUCUGAUGAACCUCCACCUCUAAGUUACCCUGAAGAUACUGUGAAAGGAAUCUUCUCUACAAAAAGAAACCUAUUCGAUGAUGAUGGGGAGGAUGAUGAAGACUCCCUAUUUUGGGACAAUAACAAUAAAGUGCCAGCGGCUUUAAGUAAAGAAGAUAGUGUAAAUGCUACGAAGGAAGCUAAGUCUGUUAAGCCUGAGGUUCCGACCAAAACUUCUCAGAUCUCCAAAGGACUUUUCGACAGUGAGGAAAGCGAAGAUGAUGAUAUUUUUACAGUAAAAAAAGAAGAGACGAAAAAUACCUUCCUACAACCACCAAAGACGAUUGUACCUUUAAUUGAUGAUGAACCUCCAUCCAUAGAUAGUGAGAAUAAAGUGGAACAGCUUGUUAAAAAGAAACCUGUGGGGGGUGUUUCAAUACUUGGAAACCAAAACAUCGGCGAGAUUUUGAAGAAAAAGCAAGAAAUCAGCAACCAAAAUCCGGAAAACGACUUUCCUAAGAAUAUCGUAGCACCUAGUCCAAAACAGAACACUCCUCAAAAGCAAUUUAAUCUGUUUGAUGACGCAGACAAUUUAUUUUCUGAUGCUGGUGUCAAAUCAAAACAAAAACAGCACAGUCUCUUCGACGACGACGAUGAUAUUGAAGAAGGCAGUAAUAAAAAAGAUAUUAAGAACAUUUCCAACGUUGCCAAAGCUGAGGUAUCGUCGCAGAAGUCGAAACAGAUCAAAGGUCUUUUUGAUGAAAGUGAGGAAGAUUCAGAAGACGAUAUUUUUGGUACAAACAAAAAGACUACAAGUAUUAAAACCAAUCAGAACAAAAAGUAUGAUCUUUUUAGCGAUAUUGAUGAUCUAUUUGAUAAGGAUAACAGCAUUGAAUCAAAUAAAGCACUCUUCAGUGAUAGUGAAGGAAAGAAAAAAGCAGCAGAAGAUUUAGAUAAAGUUCAAGUUAAAAAAGAAAAUAAUUUGGACACAAGUAUUCCAGACAAGGUAGAAGUUUCCAAAACAGAGAAAGACAAUACUAGUUAUAAAAAAUACUCAAACCAAUCCAGUAUUAUUAAAAAAGAGGAGGUUAAGGACGAACUUUUAGGCAAAAACAACAAAGAGAACAGCAAAUCGAAGAAAAUCAGCUUGUUCGAUGACGACGACGACGAAGAAGAAGACGAUCUAUUCUCUAACGUCACUAAAAAGAUUAACUUCAAGCUAUUUGAAGAGCCGGAAAGCACCGACGAUUUGUUCAGCAUUAAAACUGAAGUGGAACACAAAUCGGUCAAAACGGCUCACGUAGAGAAGACCGAUACAUUCGUAAAGAAUAAAUCUGAACUCGAAGAUGAUUCUAAAGGUGUAAACGAUACUCAAAUUGCUCAAGCAGCUGUUCAACAGGUGCCUUUACUGUUUGAACGUAUUACUUCAAAAGAUCUUCCUGAAGUUACUACUAAAAACUCUGAAAAAGUAACUGAUAAAGUUGAUGAAUACUUACAUUCGGUCAGUGACUUUAAACCAAGAAGUGAAUCAUUGUUUGAUGAUGAUUUGUUCCCGAAAGAAGUAAUAGUUAAUGAUGAUAAUGAUUUGUUUAAAGAUGUUCCAGUAGUUGCUACAAAAAGUGCUUCAAAAGUCGUCGAUAAAGUUGAUGAAUACUUAGAUCCGGUCACUGACUUUAAACCAAAUAGUGGAUCAUCGUUUGAUGACGAUUUAUUCCCGAAAGAAGUAAAAGUUGAUGAUACCGAUUUAUUUAAAGGAAAACCAUCAACAAAACCUGCCGUUGCCGAAAAACCUACACCAACAUCUACUACUACCAAGACCUCAGACGUAGAAAUACCUACCGCUACAGCUACUUUAACAGCAACUUCUUCAGUUCCUCCAGUCGUAAGUCUGUUUGAUUCUACUCCACCACCAGACGAGGAUGACUGGGACACGAAAUCGGACACGUUUUCCGACACGGAAGAUUUUCUUUCAUAUAGGCCAGAGGAAAAUAGCAGUACUAGACCGAUUUUGUUUGACAACGAGCCUCCUUCUUUGUAUGCCGAUGAAUCGAGUGACGUUGUAGAAGACGACGAAAAUGCAAGGAUAGAAUCAAAUGAUUCAUUAUCAAAUCAGAAAACACCAUCAUUGCAACGACUGCCUUCAGAUCUACUAUUGGACGAUCAGGAACCAAAAGCCACGAGAGAUGAAAUGAACAAUUUAAACAAAAAUACAUCCAGUGUUGAAGGGAUGGAACGUGAAGUUGCGGUCAAAAUAGAGAAGCUAGCGGAUAUAAAUAAAUCUCCAGUUGAGGCAAGUCCGAGAAGAAUUGCUAGUAUUACGGAGAUGCUGAAAAAUCAAGGACAGAAAGACACUACAGAGCAGAAAGUUAUACCUGGAAAAUUGAAGCAGAAUCUUAAUAUAAAUGUGAAAGCCUUGCUGCCAGGUCAGUCGCAGCCGAAAAUUUCUAGUUUGAGAAAAUCACAAAGCUUGGAGUCGCCUUCUGACGAGGAUAUAAGUGAUUCUAGAGAUGUUACAAAUGCAUCUGCAACGAAGACCAUUAGCUAUAAAGAUUCACCACCCAAGGACGAGGAAAAACCUGUCAAUUUCGAUGAACCUGAUAACGUGAAUAUUUUGGAAAGUAUUACUAAGGAAAGAGUUCGAAUUCCAGUAAAGAGAAGACCUUCAACUAGAAGAGGACGACAAGAAGCGUUACGCAAAUCUGCGAUAGAUAUACCUUUCGAUAGUGUGGACGAAUUGGAAAAUGUGGUGUCGCAACAAGAAAAAAGUAUCGAACCGACUACGAAGUCCUUAAAGACGCCGUCUAGUCCAAUCACAGCUACAAACACACAAUUAGUGGAAAAAGUUACUAAAACUCCUGCAAAGGUUACAGCUCCAGAACAGCCGGACAAAUUAACCAAUAUUUUUGGUUCAGCAAGUUCCCCAAAAGAAUUAGAUGGCCUCUUGAAGUCUAAAGGUUCUCCCAAAGAGGACAAAAUAUAUACACAACAGAAUACAAAUAAAGACGAUAGUUUAUUUGCUUCAAUAGAUAAAACAGAAUCCAAACAACAAAAUUAUAUGAGUACUGAUGAUGAUAUAUUCUCUUCUGGAAGUCCUUUUGAAAAGCCUGCCUUUCAAAAUAAAAAUACCAGCGAUAUCGAUGACUUGUUCAGUUCAAUAAACCCACCAAACGUAUCUAUAAAGUCGGAUGUCCCGGAGAAAUUCUCCAGUAGUCAAAACAGCCUUUUCGAUUCUCCAAAGGAGUUAUCAAAAACAGAAGGUACCAAUAAACAUAGCAGUUCAAAAGAAAAUACAAAACCGGUGCUCCAGAAAGACAGCACCAACAGUAAACCUAGCAUAUUCGAUUCAGACGAUGAUUCGGAUGAAGAUCUUUUCAAAAGCUCGAGUAAAACCAAACCGAAAGAGGUUUCUACAGUAAAAGAACAAAUUUCCAAAAAUAAAAAAUCGAAGUCUUUGUUUGAUGACAAUUCCAGCGAUGAUGAUUUGUUUGCUGGAACAUCAAGUCGCAGAAAAGACAGUGCGGGAACAAUGCCGAAAAUUAACGACAAAAAAAUAAAACCGUCGAUCAAAAAAUUGGAGAAUGUUCAGACUGAUGUUGAUCCCUUAUCGAGUUUACUGGAGUAA